CCUGUAUAGAGAGCUGUGUUUCCGAUCAGAUGUGGCGGGGAGGUUUGCCGGGCUUACCUGCUGCGGGAACGCAAGAAAGAUCCCAUAUUUCUUUGUGCAGUGUUUUGCUCCAAGCAUUCUCCGGCCAUUUCAGCUCAACUGGAUAAAUCCAAGAGAACUUUAUGUACAUGAAAAGAGACUGUACAUUUAACGGUCUGCAAAGGAAAGCUGAAGUAAGAUCAUAAGCACAGUUGCAGUUUCACUUAGCAGCUACUUUGCAUAAGGACUAUUUGCUGCUUUGAACUGUGGUCGCUAAGUGAGGACCAUCUGUAUUUGAUAUCUUUGCUGGAGUAGAUAUCGUUGGUAUCUCUGAUCUACAAUACUGAGGAUAGCUAUAGCUGAACUUGAACCUGACCUAAGAUCUCAGAGACAUCAAAGACAACUGACUGGAACUAUGAUUAGCAGACGGCGGACUCCACUUGGGCUACAUAAGCACUGUGAGAAGUGUUUCAACAAAUACUGCCAAGCUCCAGCAGAGCCUUCAGUCUCAUGUGUAGUGAUCAGUUGCCACUCUCACUGUGGUGCUGUCUUUCAUAUGUGCAAAGAGGAUGAUCAUAAACUCCUGUGUCCCCUGGAACAAGUUUCAUGCCUUAAUUCUAUUUAUGGCUGCCCUUUUACAAUGGCCCGUUUUAAAGUGGCAAAACAUCUCCAAGUUUGCCCCGCCAGCAUAGUUUCCUGUUCUAUGGAAUGGAACCGUUGGCCAUGUGCAGAUUCUGAAGCCAUUCUUCAUGAGAACAUUAUGAAGCAACAGCCUAAGGAAGAGUGCCUGGAUGUAGCCAUAGCUCUGAGAGAUCAGGCAGCUCUCUUUAAAGCACUCAAAAUGGCUGAGCUCUUCCCAGAAUGCAGAGCGGCUUGUACACUGGAAGAAACAACAGAUGAUAUUGACUAUUUUGAAGAAAAAACUGUUGGAGGAAUUGCUGAGCAGGGCACAACAAAUGAAGCUGAGGCAGCUGUGCUCACCCAGCAGGAACGUGAAAAUCUGGCAAAAAAUAAAGAAGGGGUGGAUUUGAUUGGUUACAAAAGCUGGGAAAAUAUGUUUAGUAAAGAAUUUAAAGCAUGCCAAGCAGCAGACCUGCCACCCAGCAAUACAAAAACUGCGUCUGAAAGUGGAUGUAAAGAACAUGCUUCUGGUAGCACUGUGGAAGGAGCCAGCAGUACAGAAGACACUGAAAAAAACAAAAUCCAUGAAAUCAGUUUAGCAGCUGAAAAAACAGGGUUGGCUCCUUGGCAAGAUGGAGUGCUAGAGAGGUUGAAGAAUGAGGUUCCUGUUGGGGAGUAUAACAUGUACUUGGUGCACCAUGGAAGGAUGCUCAUUCAUUUUGGUCAGAUGCCUGCUUGCACUCCCAGAGAAAAAGACUUUGUAUAUGGAAACCUUGAAGUUCAGGAACUGAGGACUGAGACCACCUUCAGACCACCACUUAGUUACUGUGGCAAAAGAGCAAAGCUUGGGGAUCCUGUGGCACAUAAAAAGCCAGGUAAGAGCAUAUCCCUGGAUACUUCAGAGUUGGACGUAGAUGUUGAAGAAUUUCCCAAGUCAAACACAAUAAAAACUACACUGUUGUGUGCUCUUGAGAGGGAACUAAAAGGUCAUGAGAUAUCUAAAACAAAGUCUACUGAUGCCUUAUAUGUGGAUAUUGGGACUCAAACAUACAGCUUUGUUGCCCAACCUUUUUCUUCAAGAGCUGUUCUAGCAGAUAUUUUAGAUACAAAAGACCCACUGGAUCUCCAUCUGCAGCUCCAUAGUGAGAGUGUAACCCAAAGAUACAACAAAAGCAGCUCUGCAUUUACAUUCUCUUGCAACCACUUUUUUAGGAGAGACGAGUUUUCUUCACAUUUCAAGAAUGUUCAUGCAGAUAUCCAGUCCUCCUUAGAUGGGUGGUUCCAGCGUCGCUGCCCACUUGCCUAUUUGGGAUGCACUUUUGUUCAGUAUCCUUGGCACCCUUCUGGGCAAAAGACAAAUAUUAUCUAUAAUCAGCACCUCAUGGCAUUUGCUGUUAAGCCAGAGAUUGAUCCUGUGCUCUCAGAAGCCAAGAAAAGUAACUUUAUAAGAAGUAGACAAAGGAAUGAAAGGGUUGCUCUAACUAAUCUUCCCUUGGAGAUUCUGAAGUACAUUGCUGGAUUUUUGGACAGUGUUAGCUUAUCUCAGCUGGCUCAGGUGUCAGUACAAAUGAGGGAUAUCUGUGCUACUCUGCUGCAUGAAAGAGGAAUGGUUUUUCUGCUAUGGAAAAAGAAAAGAUAUUCUCAUGGAAGAACAUCAUGGAGAGUCUGUGGAAAGAUCUGGAAAUUUAGCACCCUGUUCUCCACUAUCAAUAGGUGGGAACUCAGCAAUAUUCCAUCCAUAGCUCUACACUUGAAAACUUGUCCUUUUUAUGAAGUGGAACAUAAACAGGAUCCUAUUUUGCUUACUAGCAUGCUUUUACCUCAAGAACAAACAGAAGAGAAUUUGGUCUCCACAUUUAAACACAGACGUGGAUGUGGACCUGGUUCCAAGAAAUUUCAAGAAGACUGCAUUGAUUUCUGAAAGCAUAUGUCAAAGCAUUUGGGAUUCUUUGAAAUGCACUGCAUAGAUUGUUUUAAUAGGUCAACAAGGUAUUCUUAAUAAUUUGCUGAUUGGUCAGGAUGAUAUGCUGUGCUCUAAUUUUAUAAUGUUUGGUUCCUAUAUUGGCUCUAGAAGACCUUUUUAUCUAUAAAUAUUAUUUACAAUAGUGCUAUUAUCUAUUUUUUCCUCUUUCCUACAGUUUUUUUAAAUCUACUGCCGCUUAUUUUAUCUGGUUUAUUUAAAUUCUUAUUUCUUUUUUGGUCUAUGAUUGGACAUUUAAUAAAUAAAUGUAAAAAAGAAUAUUAUUGAAACCAAUAAUAGGUAUCAUUAAGUGUAUUUAAAACUAACCUAACCUAAUUGAAGGGCCAAAUGCGCAUUGGAGUAAAAUUACUUUAGCUCUGAGGAGAUGGUCUUCUAUAUAACAUCUUGAUAACAUUGCUCAGCAUGGAUUUCUCAAGAAGAAGUCUUGUUAACUUUCCUUAUUUAAUUUUUUAUUAGAUUAUUUAUUUAACUGAUUGUGGGAAAUGGGGUAGACAUAUCUUUAUUUUUUACAUAACACAAGUAGAAUGAAGAAUCAAGUGGGGUGGGUGCCAAAAGGUUCAAUUCUGGGCCUCUCUACUCAUAAAUAUUUUUCCUAAAGACCUAGGUAAGAUAGUUGAAGGUAUCAAUAGAAGAUAAUAUUUGUAAUUUAGGGUUGAAUUGUGGGGUCCUCUGAGCUUGGUUGUUUUCAUGCAUUUUAUUACCAAACUAGGUAACAUCAUCAGUGCUAGUAGGGACUAGGAUUUGCUCUUAUUUUUAUAUAAACUCAGAGAGCAUCAAAUAAGGAGUGCUUAUCAGAUCUAAAUAUCACACAAAAUUAUGCGGGAUACAUUGUAAUGGUGUAUUCCUUCAACUUUAGACACAUAUUAAAACUUAAUUGAAGGAAAUAAUAUUCAUUUGUUGGACAUUGGAUCCCCGCUCGUUAUUUUUUUUUAUUUGAAUUUAUAUCCCGCCCUUCUCCGAAGACUCAGGGUGGCUUACACUGUGUUAAGCAAUAGUCUUCAUCCAUUUGUAUAUUAUAUACAAAGUCAACUUUUAUUGCCCCCAACAAUCUGGGUCCUCAUUUUACCUACCUUAUAAAGGAUGGAAGGCUGAGUCAACCUUGGGCCUGGUGGGACUUGAACUUGCAGUGAUUGCAAGCAGCUGUGUUAAUAACAGACUGUCUUAGCAGUCUGAGCCACCAGAGCCCCCUGCUUAUUUUGUAUUUCAUGACCUCUGACAUCAGAGUCUUCAUUUGCAGAGAUCAGGAGAUAGAGAAUUGGCUGAAGAGAAAUGAAAAAUGAAAAAAGAGAAAUGAAGAGAAAUUGACCUCACCCCAUUCCUAAGAGGUCUGUAAGGGCCGUGCAUAAGAGCACAAGCGUGCCUACUGUUCCUGUCCUAUUGUUUCCUUUCGUUAUAUCCAAUUAAUAUAGUUAUUACAUACUCAUGCUUAUAUAUAUGCUUAUAUAUUGUUUAGUUAUUUCAUGCUUAUGCUUAGAUAUACUGUGUGACAAAAUAAAUAAAUAAAUAAAAAAAAUGGAAAACAAAAAACAAAAACAAGCAGAAAGCUCUGCAUACUUUCUCCUGCCUCCCUUUUUUCUGGUUGCCUAAGUCCCCAAAUUUUUUGCUUUUCAGAUUUCCUACUUAGUUUUCUGAGUCCCUAAACUUUAUAUUUCCCAUUUUUUAUUAUUUUUUCUGCUGAUUUACAUUCCCAAAUUCAUACCUCUCUCCCUUUGAUUGCUUACUUGCCUAAUGGAUCUUAAUGCCUGAUGUGAUCCUUCAAAUUGUCCCUCUUGACUCAUCGAGAAUAGUGUCCAUAUUGUUGGGGGGACAAGGAAAUACAACAGCUUUCUUCAAUGAAAGAAAGUCUAAUCCCAGAAUGCACUAACUUGUUACAAGCAAGCAGAUUCCAUUUAUGUUUUUUAUGAAUUUGGAUCUGGACUUAAAAGUACUGUUUUAGUGUGUAUGUUUGAUAUUAAUUAUUCUUUAAUGCUGUUUAAUGAGAACUGCUUUUUUAGGAAAUGUCCUUGUAAGUUAAGAUUGGAUAACAGAUAAAUUAUCUAAAUAAAUACUUUAUGUGAUCACUUUUAUGUACGGUAUUUCAUAAUUUUUUCAGUUUUAUGACAUAAUACUUUAGAAUUCAGCAGCAAAUAUGAAGGAUAUAAAGACGGCAUCUAGGUCUGAGGGGGGAGGCAUUGCAUGUUGUCCUGAGGACUCAGAUUUGCAUCUUGCAAUGCCUAUAUAUUUAACAUGAAUCAGAAAUGGGGAGACUAAAAUUCUACCCCUAUUCAACCACAGAGUUCUAUGAAUGAUUUUGGAUUAACCAUUUUCUCAAUUCAACUAAGUACACAGGUUUCUCGUAGAAAUAAAAUUAGGAAAUUGCUACUUACACUGCCUUGUCCUCUUAGAGACCAAGUUUAAUGUGUAUGUAAUAAGUAGGUCAGGUUUAUAUUAUAAAUAAAUAAUAUAAAUAAAUAAAUAUUUGCUAUGUGACCAGCCCCAUUUACAUUUCAAUUAUUUUACUCUCUUGAUAAUAUCAUAUCUCUAGUUCUCUAAUUCAUAUGCAGGUCUUUCUAUCUUGUAAUGCCAAGCAUGGCUCUUUGCACCACUGUAGCUUUUGUAUCAUUUUAAUGGUUGUAAAAGUGUCCACUCCCAGCAUUUCCAAAAGCCUCCUGCAGCCACAGUGUGAUCCUGAAAACAGACAUGGUUGCUUUAAUGUAACUGUGAUAUUCAUCGCAUAUGACCUCAAACACACUAGACUAGACACAAGAAUAGUUUUUUCCUGAACGCCAUCACUCUGCUAAACAAAUAAUUCCCUCAACACUGUCAAACUAUUUACUAAAUCUGCACUACUAUUAAUCUUCUCAUCGUUCCCAUCACUCAUCUCCUUCCACUUAUGACUGUGACUGUAACUUUGUUGCUUGCAUCCUUACAAUUUAUAUUGAUAUUAAUUGGUUCCUGAUUGCUUAUUUGUACCCUAUGACUAUCAUUAAGUGUUGUACCUUAGAAGUCUUGAUGAUCUUUUCUUUCUGAGAGCAUAUGCACCAAGACAAAUUCCUUGUGUGUCCAAUCACACUUGGCCAAUAAAAAAUUCUAUUCUAUUCUAUUCUAUUGAUUAUUCUGAAUACUGAAUAAUGCUAUAGACUAAAUGUUGAAUUCUUAGUGUUCUCUGAGCUUGGUUGUUUUCUUGACAGGUUAUCAUCAUAAACUGAGGAGACUUACUGUAACCCAUUUCUGCUAAUGACCCUGUACUCAUUACACAUUUAAAAACCCAGUGGGUCUGCUUAUAUGAUUUAACUGACCAAAUCAACCAUACCCAAGAAUUAACAUCCUUGAGUGUCAGCAGUACACAACCAAGGAAGACCUAGUUAUUUGGGCAGUAACUGUUUUUAAGAUUCUCACAAAUUCUGCCGAAGAAGUGGGAGAAAAAAAUGAAAAAUAAGUGCUCUGUAGUGGCCAGAGACAAAAGCAGGAGACAAAGGGUGUUUCUAAAAAGCUGUUUGUGAAGUCUCUCUCGAAAAGGCCUAUGCAACAUACAUCCCAUGGAUUACAUGCAUCCUUGUGUGGCCUGCCCAAGUUUUGGGAAGAAUAGCCAUUCUAUUAUGUCCAAACAUUACACCUGAAAGUAGGAUCUGUUGUCACCAUGUCUUUCACAAAGAUAGGCUUAUAAACAUCUCAAACUGUUGCUGCUAUGCUAUGCCUUCAGUCCUGAUUGGUACAACAAUAGUCAUAUUCCUCCAACAGGAGGAAGGUGAUCAUCAGGUGCCUUUCAUCCUCCAAUUACUUAAGGGCCCAAAAGGAGAAGCAAUUUGCACCAGCCAAAUAGGGGUUUGAAUCUUCCUUUUAUUCCUUUUUCUUUUAAAACAAUUAUUUUUGAAAAUAUUAAUUACAGUACAAAACAAACUAAUAAAACACCUAUAUACAUUAAAGAAAAAUAUCCAAUUAAACAAAAUGGUGUAAACAUAAAGAAAAAAUGAAUAAAAACAAAGAACCAUUUACCUUAUAUAUUAAACUUAUCAAAGAUACCCAACUCUGUAAAGCCCUGGAAAUUACACGAUUUAUAUCUCUAUGUUAAACAAACUAGGCAAUUGUAGUUUAUUCAAUAAAUCAUUGUUAAACAAACAAUGAAUGAAAUGUGUGUUAAGCCUGUUUGCUAGAGUUAUAAAAUUAUAACUAUAUAUUUGUAUUUGUGCAUCUCAAAAAAUGUCCCUGUUGUGUGUGUUCCCAUUGGAGAACAGCGGGAAAACAUUUGAAUCCUAUUGGUUAUCAACUGAUCCAGGUGUGUAUAAAAGGAGAGCAUCCUGCCUGUGUUUUUGCUGAAGUCUCACUCUAAAUAAAAGAGCUGUUGUCACUAGUCUGGUCUCGGGUCUCCUACUUUACCCAAUCUAACAUUGGCGACGAAGGUGAACUACUGACCAGAUUGGCCUGGGCCAGCUGAAUGGCAAAAGGGACAAAGGACAAAGAGAACCAGCCCUCUGUGAUGCCUAAAUCCGCCAGCAAUUUGAGACUCUUCGAGCCUUGUCUCCAUUACUUUUUAUUUUAACCUUAGAAAUUCUUUUGAACAAAAUAUGUGGUUCCGAUCAAAUAAAGGGAAUUAGAAUUAAACAUCAAGAUUAUAGAUUAAGAGCCUUUGCAGAUGACUUGGUUGUUACUGUAUCUCAACCAAUAUAUUCAGCUACUGGUUUAAAAGAAAUAAUUGGUCAGUAUGGUAAAGUAUCUGGAUUUAAGGUGAAUCAGCAAA